AUUGCAUUGAUAAAGCUGGACCAGCCGGUAUAGUGCAACGACUACGUACAGCUUGCCUGUGUGCCUGACGUCUCACUGAGAGUAUCACAGUUGAGAGACUGCUACAUCAGUGGCUGGGGUUACACAGCUGAGAAAUCUGCAGAGACAGCUGAUGUUCUGCAGGAAGCCUGGGUCUGCCUCAUCGAUGUCCACAUCUGUAACAGCAGCCAGUGGUACAGAGGGGCCAUCCACAGCCACAACUUGUGUGCUGGCUACCAGUGAGGUGGCAUCGACACCUGCCAGGGUGACAGUGGUGGUCCUCUUGUCUGCAAAGAUAGGAAUGCUGGCUGUUUCUGGCUUGUUGGAGUGACCAGCUGGGGGACAGGCUGUGCGAGAGCAAAGCAGCCUGGAGUCUACACCUCCACUCAGCACUUUUAUGACUGGAUCCUGGUACACAUGGUACUGCACCCAGCAGUAAGGGCUUCUGCGCUGCCACGGGUGUGGAGUCAUUUUAUGACCACCUCAGCCCCUGCUCAGAGGCCAAAACCAACACAACCUGUCAAGGUUACAUCCUGCCCAUAUCCACUCCAGAAGCUGGUGUAAUUCUUUACUUGGGUGCAGGAGCUCCUUCAGGUCCUAAAGGGAGGAAAGGCUUGA